CUCCUAACAGGAGGAGACUUACUUAUGGCCUACGAGACAGAGGAUCAGGAGACUCAAUACUGCUUUCCUGACAUCAACUCAUCAUGUGUCAAAGGGAGACACUCCAGUCAUGGAUAUAUCAUCAUAUAUUUGUUUGUGUCAUUGCUGUCAGUAUGGACUGUGUUUCUGAAUCUGCUGGUGAUCAUCUCCAUCUCUCACUUCAAGAAGCUUCACACUCCAACCAACAUGAUUAUUCUCUCUCUGGCUGUAAAUGAUCUGAUAAUUGGACUGUUUGUGAUACCCAUACAGGCCAUCAAGCUGAUUGAGACGUGUUGGUACUUUGGAGACACUUUUUGUGGACUUUAUUUAUUUUUAAUUUUUGAGCUUCUCUCUGCAUCUCUUAGUAAUUUGGUUUUAAUUGCUGUUGAUCGUUAUGUGGCUGUGUGUCACCCUUUACUGUACCCACAAAAAAUAACCAUCACUAAGACAUUAAUGAGUAUCUGUCUGAGCUGGGUUUGCUACUCAGCUUAUAACACUGCCCUUAUAAUUAAUAAUAGAUAUUCUGAAACUUCACACAGAACAGAUGAGUGUUAUGGACGGUGUUUCAUCGUGAUGAGUUUUAGCUGGCUCGUCGCUGAUCUGGUUAUGUCUUUUAUUUUUCCCUGUCUCAUAAUGAUAACUUUAUAUCUGAUGAUUUUCUAUGUCGUUCAUCAGCAAGUGAAGGUUAUGAACUCUCUGAUGAAGGGUGGUAAAUGUGUAACGGAGGGUUCAGUGAAGAGGAAAUCUGAGAGUAAAGCUGCUCUGACUUUAGGAAUCAUUGUGACCAUUUAUUUGCUUUGCUAUAUCCCAUACUAUAUCUGUUCUCUAGUCGUAAACUCUUCCACAGCUAUUCAUGUUAUGUCAUGGACUGUGUAUGUUAACUCAGGGAUGAAUCCUCUGGUUUAUGCUUUAUUUUACCCCUGGUUUAAAAAGACAGCUAAAAUCAUAUUUACUCUGAAAAUAUUUCAGCCGGCAUCCUCUCUGAUCAAUAUUUUUACAGAACUUGACAUGUAAUUAAACUGGUCAUUGUUGCUGCUUGCUCAUUAUGGUAGAUUUUAUUAUUGAUGCUUUAAACACAAUUAAAUAAAACAAUGACAUGAACAUAAGAUCACUUUUCAGAAUAAUAAAACAAGAUUGGUAGUGAUAACAUUGA